GUAUGCCGUAUCAUAGGAAAAGACGCUGCAUUCAUACGGAUUUGCACAAAGUGGGCAUUUCUGAUUUGUCACUUGAAGCCCAAAUAUAUCAUACUUUGACUAAAAUUAAGACUUGACUUAAAUCGUUGUGCAACAUCAUGGGUAUGUGGAUCAAUUUACCCUCGAGCAAGAGCGUUCCCAUCUCUCCGCUCCCAUGCUGCAACCAACCCCCAACCAUGCUUACGUGCGCGCUCCCGCUACUAAGCGACAAGAUGGCGGUCGCCGCCGGAUCAGGCGUUAAGGUUCCUCGUAACUUCCGGCUGCUUGAAGAGCUGGAAGAAGGCCAGAAAGGUGUGGGGGAUGGGACAGUGAGCUGGGGCUUGGAAGAUGAUGAGGACAUGACCUUAACAAGAUGGAGAGGGAUGAUCAUUGGCCCUCCUAGGACAAUCUAUGAAAAUAGGAUGUACAGUCUGAAGGUUGAAUGUGGGCCCAGAUAUCCAGAGGCACCACCAUUUGUCAGAUUUGUAACUAAGAUAAACUUGAAUGGUGUGCACAACUCCAAUGGUGUGGUUGACACACGAGCAGUGUCUGCACUGGCCAAGUGGCAGAACUCCUACAGCAUCCGUGUGGUCCUGCAGGAGCUCAGGCGGCUCAUGAUGUGCAAGGAGAACAUGAAGCUCCCCCAGCCACCAGAGGGCCAGAUCUACACCAACUGAGCCCAUGCUACUACUCUCCUUCUCCUUUUCCCUCUUUUGUUUGCGUUCAUCCUUUCAUCCCAUCCACCACCUCCCUUCUUAUUUUAAUUCAUUUGCCAGCCAACACUCAAGCGCACACACAUAGGGACGUACGUGUGGCCGAACACACGAAUGCAGACACCCACAAACAUGCAAUCACUUCUACAUGCGCCCUUCUCAGGCCCUGGCCCCUCCCCUUUCCAUCACUGGAGCUCUGGUUGGACUAGAGAAGACUAGGUUGGCAGAGUCAUCGGUCCAGCCCUGAUCAUUCGAAUACUGUACAUCUUACUAUUUUUUUGUAUUAUUAUUUGUUAUAAAUGCAGAUUGUACAAUAACAUAAAUAAUCUUAUUGAGUGUA